AUGGCGGAAGACGCGGAGAGCGAUAUUGCUAUUCGUUUUGUCAACGAAAACGACUACAGAGAGAUUUCUGCUAAAGCUGUGUCAGCGAAACGGAAAUUAAAAAGAAUCGCUCUUCCUCGACGUCGUAGCAAUGCUUAGAAACAAGCCAUUCGAGCGAUGCUGAGAGUUCUAGCGAAGAAGAUGAAAAAAUCAGUGCAAGCGAGGAGGAAGAUGUAACCGAAACGGAGAGUGCCAAUGAAAUACAGGAAAACGUAGAAAGCUCCUAUUCCGAUGAUAGUUCAGCAGAUGAGGGGAAGGGGAGGAAAAGUGCAGGGAAGCCUAAACCUGCGCCUUCGCCAGGAGUUCGAUCGUCACCAAAUCAAGCAAAAAGGCGCCGAAGAAAUCAAAUAAACGGAACAAGAGUCUUUCGGAAGAAGAGAUGGUGCGAUUCCCUUUUCCCAGGUUAG